AUGUCCAGCCUCCAGGCACUGUGCUCCGGCCUGCCCCUGCGACCCCUCCCAGAAAACCGGGGCCGCCGGGCUGGAGUGCCCCAUGCCCCAGUGAGGACCCCGGGCCUCAGCCCUGCGGAAGAGAAGCUGGCACUGAGGAAUGCCCUACGCUACUUCCCUCCUGACGUCCAGGAGACACUGGCCCCAGAGUUCGCCCAGGAGCUGCGACUUUUUGGGCACAUCUACAUGUACCGGUUCUGCCCCAGCAUGGAAAUGAGGGCCUACCCAAUUGAGCAGUACCCCUGCCGGACACGGGCAGCUGCAGCCAUCAUGCACAUGAUCAUGAAUAACCUGGACCCUGCUGUGGCCCAGUUUCCACAGGAGCUGGUGACCUAUGGAGGUAAUGGACAGGUGUUCAGCAACUGGGCUCAGUUUUGGCUGACCAUGUCCUACUUGUCGAAGAUGACUGAGGAACAAACUUUGGUCAUGUACAGUGGACAUCCAUUAGGCCUCUUCCCCAGCAGCCCUGGAGCCCCACGGCUAAUCAUCACCAAUGGGAUGGUCAUUCCGAACUAUUCCUCCAGGACAGAAUAUGAGAAGAUGUUCGCCUUGGGGGUCACCAUGUAUGGCCAGAUGACAGCAGGCAGCUACUGCUACAUCGGUCCGCAGGGAAUCGUCCAUGGCACUGUGCUCACCGUGCUGAAUGCUGGUCGUCGAUACCUGGGCGUCGAGAACUUGGCUGGGAAGGUCUUUGUCACCUCUGGGCUUGGUGGGAUGAGUGGAGCUCAAGCCAAGGCUGCGGUCAUUGUGGGGUGCAUCGGGGUGAUAGCAGAGGUUGACAAAGCCGCCCUUGUGAAACGCCACCAGCAAGGCUGGCUGAUGGAAGUGACGGACAACUUGGACCAUUGCAUUAAGAGACUCAGAGAAGCAAGGGAAAGGAAGGAAGUGCUCAGCCUCGGUUACCAUGGCAACGUGGUGGAUCUUUGGGAGCGCCUGGUCCACGAACUGGACACGACGGGGGAGCUCUUGGUGGAUCUAGGGUCAGACCAGACCUCUUGCCACAACCCAUUCAACGGCGGCUAUUACCCGGUGCAGCUCAGCUUCGUGGAAGCUCAGAGUCUCAUGGCCUCCAACCCCGCUGCUUUCAAGCACCUGGUGCAGGAAAGCCUGAGAAGGCACGUCUCAGCCAUCAACAGGUUGGCCCAGGAGAAGUUCUUUUUUUGGGACUAUGGCAACGCUUUCCUCCUGGAGGCUCAGAGAGCAGGAGCAGACGUGGAGAAGAAAGGUGCCAACAAGACGGAAUUCCGCUACCCCUCCUACGUGCAGCACAUUAUGGGGGACAUAUUCUCCCAGGGGUUUGGGCCUUUCCGCUGGGUGUGCACGUCGGGGGAUCCCCGGGACCUGGCUGUCACAGACCAGCUGGCCACAUCGGUGUUGGAGAAGGCCAUUGAAGAUGGAGUGAAGGCAUCCGUGAAGUUGCAGUACACAGACAACAUCCGUUGGAUUCGAGAGGCCUCCAAGCACCAGCUGGUGGUUGGCUCCCAGGCGAGAAUCCUAUACUCAGACCAGAAGGGCCGUGUGGCCAUUGCCAUGGCCAUUAACCAAGCCAUUGCCAAUGGCAAGAUCAAGGCACCAGUGGUCCUGAGCCGUGACCACCACGAUGUGAGCGGCACCGACAGCCCCUUCAGGGAGACUUCCAACAUUUACGAUGGUUCUGCCUUCUGUGCAGACAUGGCCGUGCAGAACUUUGUGGGAGAUGCCUGUCGUGGAGCCACCUGGGUCGCACUUCACAACGGAGGGGGCGUAGGCUGGGGUGAGGUGAUCAAUGGGGGAUUUGGCCUUGUACUGGAUGGGACUCCAGAGGCUGAACAGAAAGCCAGGAAGAUGCUCGGCUGGGAUGUCUCCAAUGGUGUGGCACGGCGCUGCUGGUCUGGGAAUCCAAAGGCCUAUGAAAUCAUCUGUCAGAACAUGCAGGAGGACAGUGGCCUGGUGGUGACACUCCCCCACGAGGUGGCAGAUGACCGUGUGCUCCAGCAGGCCCUGCGGCCCUGAGAGGGAGCAGGGUCCUCUCCAUUCCCUCCACCCCACAACCUUUCCCUCCCAGCUCAGCAUAGCGAACUCAACACACUGCCCCCCAUUGCGGCCCUGCAAGCGGGAACCAUGAUGG